AUGGGAAAAAGAAUAACAUGUAAUAAGGUUUCUUAUAUAAAAAAUGUCAGGGGAGUUUAUAUCGGAAAAAUAAAAAACGGACAAAAGAAUGGAUGGGGUUUACAAAUAAAUAAUAACGGAAAUAAAUAUGAAGGUUUAUUUAAAAAUGAUGAAAAAUAUUUAUUUGGGUUAGAAUUAUUAUGUUGUUUGUGUGGUCAUACAUAUAGGAAUAAAGUUGAAAAUGGAAUGUAUGGAAAAGAUAAAAUUCAUUAUAAAGAUGUAAAUAAUAAUAAUGCUUACUAUAAUAUUAAUCAUAACAAUAUUUAUUGUGAUGAUCAAUUAAACUUUCAUUGUAGUAGUGAAAACGAAUUUGUCAAAGGAAAUAUCUGCAUCCAUGAAAAUAGAUAUAUUUAUAUAGGUAGUUAUAAAAAAGGGAAAAAACACGGAAAAGGUAUUUUAAUUAAUUAUAACAAUUACUUUAUAUACAGUUGUAUAUUUUAUAAAAACAAAAUUAUAUACGUUGACCUUUUAUUUUCAAAUGAUCAAAAAUAUAUGAACAUGAAAAAUAUAGACAUUAAACAUUAUUAUAAUACACAUAAUAAAAAAAAAAUUUAUUUAUUUUUACAAAAAGAAUAUAAAAACAAACUUUUGGGAUUUAUAAAUUUUUAUAAUCAUAUAACACACAAAAUGAAAAAGAAACAAGAAAAUGUUCAUGAUAAAAUCACUUUUUUAAAAUGUAUAAAGGAACUUUUUUUCGUCACACAUACAAAUAGGAAAAACACUCAAAUACAGGAUAUAAUACAUACUUAUAAAAAUUAUAGUUUUAAUAAAAAUGAUAAUACAUAUAAUAUUUUCAAGGAACAAUUACAUAAAAUAAAACAGGCGGGAAAUAAAACACAACAUGAAAACGGACACAUGAAAACAAUUUGUAGACAUGCAGCACAUGAAAAUAUGAUAAUUUAUAACAAAAGGAAAGAAAAUAAUAAGCAUACAUCUACAAGCAGUGAUGAAAAAAAAAAUAAACAUACAUCUACAAGCAGUGAUGAAAAAAAAAAUAAACAUACAUCUACAAGCAGUGAUGAAAAAAAAAAAAAGCAUACAUCUACAAGCAGUGAUGAAAAAAAAAAUAAGCAUACAUCUACAAGCAGUGAUGAAAAAAAAAACAAAAAUACAUCUACAAGCAGUGAUGAAAAAAAAAAUAAGCAUACAUCUACAAGCAUUUAUGAACAAAAAAACAAAAACACAUCUACCAGCAGUGGUGAAAAAAAAAAUGGCUAUUUAUUUUUGUCAGAUGAAAUAAAAACAAAAUAUAAUAUGAUAGAAAAUAUGAAAAAAAAAGAAGAAAGUUAUACAAUGAUUAAUAAUAAUAAAAAGAAAGAAUAUUUUUACAACUUGAAAAGUAUGAUUUAUGAAGAAGUAGAGUUUUCUCAUAAUCAUUCAAUCUGUGAUUAUGAAAAUAAAGAAAAGAAAAAGAAUAUUGAAAUACCUUUUUUUUUAAAAAGACCAAAAAAACAUAAUGAUAUUGAAGAAUUUGUAUUAUUUAAAAAUGCAUAUAACAAAUGUUAUAAUUUAGAAAGUGGUAAGGAUGAUAUUAUUUAUAACUAUCAAAAGGAUAAAAUAAAAAAAGAUAAAUUAAAAGUACCAUUUUUUUUUAAAGAAAAAGGUAUAUAUAAAUUUUUUAAUAACACUACUGAAAAGAAGGAAGAUGAAAAUAUUAUUAUACACAAAAAAAAUGAUGAAAUUAUUUAUACUGAUAAGAUAAUUAAUAAUAUAAGAACAAAUGAUAUUCCAUAUAAUAUUAUACCAAACAAAAGAGAAACGAUUGUAGAUGAUAUAAAUAGUUGUAGUAAUACUUUUUCCACUAAAAGUAAUACAGACACCGCGAAUUCUUAUCAUAUGAAUAUAUAUAGUGGUAGUAAUAAUUUUUAUGAAAAUAAAAAGAAAAAGAUUAAAAAAAGGGAUAAUAGUGUAUAUUCUUCUACAAUUAAGAAUAAAAAGAAGUUAUAUAAUGAUAAGAUACAUAAUGAUAAUUUAUGUAAUAAUACAUGUGUGUGUAUAAAAUCGAAAAGAACGUGCUCCUCUUUUAAAAUAAAUAAACAUGAAAAAAAAAUAAAGGAAAACUUCAAAUGUAACAUACAUAAAAAAUUAAAACAACGUGAUAAGAACUGGUUAUUUAAUAAUUACAUUUUUAAUGAUAAUUUUUUGGAUAAUGUAUUCGUUUUAAAACCUCCUAUGGAUGAAGAGGGGGAAAAAAAAAAUUAUGACAAGUUAAAACAUGAUACAUUUCCAUUAUUUUUAAGAAAAAGACAAAAAAAAAAAAAAUUAUUUCAAGCUCAGAAUUAUAUAUACUGGAACAUUUAUGAAUUAAAUUUAUUUUUUUUUUUGGUAGGGAUACCAAAAGAAAUAUUAGAGAUUUUUAUCAAUCAUCGUUUGGAUGGUUAUUGUUUAAAAUAUAUUGAUAAGAAGUUAUUAAAAGAAAUGAAAAUAGAAAAUAAAAUGAUGAGAAAAUAUAUAUAUUUGUGUGUACAAUAUUUAUUAAGAUUAAGAGAAAAAUAUAAAUAUAAGAAGAAAAGUAAUAAUAUAUUAAAUGAAAAAAUAAAUGAACAUUUUAUUUUAAAGAAAAACCAAUUACAUAUUUUAAAUUUAAUAGGUAGAGGAGGUUAUAGUAAUGUAUAUAGAUGUAUAUAUGGUAAUAAAAAUAUAUUAAGAAUAAAUAAAUUUUUUGAUAUACAUUAUAGUAUUAACAAUACAGCAUUAAAAAUAUUUUUAAAUAAAAAAAAAAAUAUAUUAGAAUAUUUUACAGAAUUAUUUAUUGUAUCUAAUUUAAGACAUCCAAAUGUUACCUUAUUUUUAGGAGCUAUAAAUAAUCCAAGAGCUAUAGUAUUAGAAUAUGUUCAAUAUGGAACUUUAUUUGAUAUUUUACAUAGAUAUAAAGUAAAAAUUAAAUUACAAGAUAUUAUUAAAAUAUCCAAAGAUAUAAUAGCAUUUAUGUCUUUUUUGCAUAAUAAAGGUAUUAUGCAUUGUGAUUUAAAAUCUUCAAACAUUUUAAUGUCUAUAACAAGAGAUAUUAAAAUAUGUGACUUUGGAUUAUCUGUAUUUAAUAAAUAUAACAAGCCUAAAUAUCUAGGUAUUGUAGGUACAUAUCAGUGGACAGCCCCUGAAGUAUUAAGAAGUGAAGGAUAUACAAAAGAAGCUGAUAUAUAUUCUUUUGGAGUCAUUUUAUGGGAAAUGAUUCAUAGAAAAAUUCCUUUUAGUGAGAUAAAAAAUCCUUUAGAUAUUAUAGCUCAUGUUGGAUAUACUAAUAAAAAAUUAAUUGUAACAGAUAAAAAUAUUCCAGACCAGUUAAGAUAUAUAUUGCAUUCAUGUUUACAUAAAAAUAAGCAUAAGCGAAAAUCUUUUUUAUUCUGGUCUGAAUAUUUUGAUUUGUUGUAUAAUGUUACAGAUAACCCAAAGGAGGAUUACACGAGUUUUUUUUUUGACUAG